ACAAAAUCUAUUCUCCUUUUCUCUCUCUACAAGUGGAACUUUCUCUCUCUAGAAAAUCAUUACAUACACUCAACACUAUAUAUAUAUAUAUAAAAUAUAUAAAUAUACAAAAACCCUAGCAGCUCUGCGAUCCUCCUCCGUCGACGAUGCCGACGGCGAGUGUAAUCGGAGCUCCGAUUCAUCUCAUUGAUAUCCGCUGAUUCCUACUUUUUCCAUUUCAUUCCUUUGAUCCUUGUUCCUGGCUGUUGUUGUGUUGAAUUUGAACUUGUUUGUUGAAAGCUUCUGGAAAUGUAUAAGAACCAGUUACAGGAACUGGCACAAAGGAGUUGCUUCAACUUGCCGUCGUAUACUUGUAUAAGGGAAGGUCCGGAUCAUGCGCCUAGGUUUAAGGCUACGGUUAAUUUCAAUGGUGAGGUCUUUGAGAGUCCAAAUUACUGCUCUACACUUCGACAGGCUGAACACUCUGCUGCUGAGGUUGCGUUGAAUUCACUCUCUAAUCGAGGUCCCUCCAACUCGCUUGCUGCUAGAAUUCUGGAUGAGACAGGCGUAUAUAAGAAUCUCUUACAGGAAGUUUCACAAAGAGUAGGAGCAUCAUUGCCAGCAUAUACUACUUUUAGAUCUGGUCUAGGACAUCUUCCUGUCUUUACCUGCACAGUAGAGUUGGCGGGCGUUACAUUUACUGGUGAGUCAGCAAAGAAUAAGAAGCAAGCUGAAAAGAAUGCAGCUAUGGCAGCUUGGUCAUCUCUGAAAUUAUUGGCACAGCAGUCUGAAAGUGCAAAACCAGACCGAAGAAGAAAUGAUGAGCAAGAGCAUGUAACUGUUGCACGUGCACUACAAAGGUACAUUUUGAAGGCAAGGGCGGCUAGAGUAUCAUUCCCAAUUAAAUUUCCGACACCUAAUCCAAGACCAUCAAGUGUACAGCAGCUUUCAUCUACUACAUCAAAACUUCUUCCCCUAAUAUGUCCAAGAACUGCUCCUCGCAGUAGACCGGUCAGUCCGUUAUGUCUAAAACCUGCUUCUCAAAGUAGACCCAUUGAUAAUACAGGAAGUGAUGCAUCAUUGAGUCCAAGGACUGCUCAAACCAUAAAUAAUAUUUUAAAGGACAGCUUUGCUAUGGAUGGUCACAGGGUUCGACCAGAGAAGUUCCCUGCUGCUGGUGCAGCACCAUAUAUUCCUGUCAGGCAUUUUGGCCCACACCAUCGGAUGGCUCCUCCGGUGACCAUACGGAAUGCAAUUCCUGUUUUCUCUGCACCACCACUUCCUCAAUCAUCUCAGCUUCCUAGGGUGAUGAGGCCUCCAGGUCUGGGAGUGGCACCACCUGUCUGUUUAAGACAGGCAGUGCCGGUUUAUGCUGCACCCCCUGUUCGGGCAGAGGAACUUCCCACAUUAGAUAGGGUGAUGAGGCAUUCAGGUUUGGGGGUGGCGCCAGUUUAUGCUGUACCCUCUGUUCCUAAAGCUCCUCCUCUUCUAGUUGACGAACCACUAGCUUCAAUGGCACCUGAAAUUCAGGUACUUGACUUACCAACUCGUAAAGCAGUGCUAGGCAAGGCCGAAUCACCACAUGACCAUUCUGAGGAGAAAUCAUGUUCUGAAGUCCAACCGACUAAGAGAGAGGAGCCACUUGACUUUGAAGUUUCAAGGAGUGCGACAAUGCCAGUGGAAGGAACCAAGGUUGCAGCCAUGGAGAAGCCACUUGGCUUUGAAGUUUCAAGGCGUGCGACAAUGUCAGUGGAAGGAACCAAGGUUUCAGCGAAGGAGAAGCCACUUGACUUUGAAGUUUCAAGGAGUGCGACAAUGCCAGUUGAAGGAACCAAGGUUGCAGCCGAGGAGAAGCCACAUGACUCUCUGGAAAUUGAGAAUUUGAAACAGCUAAAGAUAUGAUGUAUCAUCGGGAAUAGCAUGUUACAAACUACAGAAACUUCAGUAAGCUUUUGUUCUCCCCUUGUGGGAUUUAGUUUGCAAGCCUUUAUGUAGUCUUAGAUAUAUCAGUUCCUUGCACAUUUUCAUUUGGAAUAGUUUUAUGGAGAUAGUUGUAGCGACAUUA